AUGGGUUUCCCUCUAAACAACUCUUCCUCUUCGGUCAACCGCCUCAACACCAUGUUCCUCCACCAUCUAAUGGGAAGGCUCGAGGCUCUUGAUUCCGACAACAAAGAAGAAGAGUUGGAAUACAAAAAUGAAGUAGACAAUCCCCGUUCCUACCAAUACGAGGGACUACGUGCAAUCAACCAAGAAAAAUCUCGAAUUGAAGCUGAAGUCGUUCACCGGAUCCUCAAUGGAAAAGCGCAUACCUUGAAGCCUAAUUCUGGAGAAACGGUUAUGAUUCGUGAAAGUAACAUUGUUGUUGGGUUUCAUGUGGAUAAAGAAGAAUGGGAGUAUAUUGCAUGGGAAUGGCAUGGUCACAUUUCGAGAUAUACUGAGGAGCAUCAAUAUUCUCUUGAGUAUAUUAGUGGAAAUUACUUUCAGAGGAUUGUGUCUGAGGAGUGUCAAUCCCGCCUCUGGUAG